CAGCUUUUAAUUAUUUGUGAUUCAGAAAUCAAAAUGCGUCGCGUGGUGCUCUUGUGUUUACUAGCCUGUCUUGCUGUGGUUGUCGCAUGCGGGCCAAAGCAGCAGAAAAGACAUGUAGGCGACAUUCGGAUGAAAAAGAAUGACAACGAAGCAGAUGCAAUCGCAUUUCUGGAGCGCUACAACACCGAAUCUUCCAGACUGCUGAAUAAAGGAAUUAUUCUGGACUGGGCGUACAACACUAAUAUCACCGAUGCGAACGCAGAGGCAUCGACCGCUGCAAGCUUGGAACUGCAAGCGUUCAGUCUGGCGUCAUUUAAUGAGGCAUUGGAGUUCGACUCGACGAACUUCAGUGAAGAUACUCAGCGACAGUUAAAAUCCGUGGGCGCCAAACAGUUACCAGAAGCCGAACAGCAGACUCUUUCAGAGGUAUUGACACUAUUGAGGGGUAUAUUCACGAACAUUUUAUGUAUAGAGAUGCAUGUGCAAAUCAUUCUGAGACAGAUUCUGUCGAACAUGUCGAGGAUUUACGGCUCAGGUCAGGUGUGUUGGGAAGACGGACAAUGCUCAGUUCUAGAGGGAACCGAAGACUCUUUGUCAACGUUGUUUGCGACAUCUACCGACGAACCUAAGCUUCGCUACGCUUGGGAACAGUGGAGAACCAACGUGGGACGCCCCAUGAAGCCGUAUUAUGAACAGUACGUUGAAUUGAAAAAUCAGUUGGCAGUAAUUAGGAACUACACGGACUACGGUCACGAGAUGAGAUCACGAUACGAAAUUGACGACUUCGAACUCAGCAUGGAGGAAAUUUACAACACGACUUUGCCGUAUUAUUUGGAGCUCCACGCCUACGUGAGAAGGAAGCUGUACGACACGUACGGGCCAGAAGUCGUCGACCUGGAGGGCCCGAUCCCGGCCCACCUUCUCGGAGACAUGUGGGGACGCUUCUGGAACAACAUUUACAACUUGACCGAACCGUAUCCCGGGUUGCAGUCGGUGGACCCCACGCCGCAAAUGGUCGCCCAGGGCUAUACACCCGAGCGGAUGUUCCGACAGGGCGACGCGUUCUACCAGAGCAUGGGUUUGAAGGCUGUUCCCGAUACGUUUUACGAGUUGUCAAUGAUUGAAAAACCACAAGAUGGAAGAGAAGUUGUUUGCCAUCCGACAGCAUGGGAUUUCUUCGAUGGCCAAGACUACAGGAUCAAAAUGUGCACCGUCGUCAGCUUUGAUGAUUUCCUUGUCAUACACCAUGAAAUGGGCCACAUUCAGUAUUUCAUGCAGUACUCAGACUUACCCACAGUUUACCGAGAUGGUGCAAAUGAUGGUUUUCACGAGGCAAUCGGGGAGUUGAUGUCAAUGGCAGUCUCCACCCCAAAGCACCUUGAGACAAUUGGACUCAUUGAUGAAGUUGUGGAGAACCCAGAUCUUGACAUAAACUUUUUGCUGAAGACAAGUUUUGGCUCACUUUCUACACUACCGUUCCAUUAUGUGAUGGACUUGUGGCGCUGGAGGGCAUUCCGAGGGGAAUACCCAGAUAACCAGUGGAACGACGAAUUCUGGAAGCUCAAGGAGAGUUUGGUGGGAGUGAAGGCCCCAGUUGAAAGGACUCCAGAAGAUUUGGAUCCGCCUGCAUUGUUCCACAUUAGUGGGGACUAUGAUAUGAUGCGAUAUUUCACGAGAACCAUUCUGCAGUUCCAGUUCUUUGAAAGUCUAUGUGAAGCAUCAGGCCAUCAAGGACCCAUUUACAAAUGCGACUUCUCUGGUUCUACUGCUGCUGGUGAUAGACUUGCGGCUUUGCUGAGGAUGGGUAGAAGCAAGCCGUGGCCAGAUGCACUGGAAGAACUGACAGGACAGCGUGAAAUGGACGUUAAUCCUUUGCUCAACUAUUUCGCACCGUUGUACAACUGGCUCCAGACUGAAAACAAGCGCUUAAACAACAAAAUUGGCUGGAAACCCAGCAACUCAUUUGCUUGAAAUAGUGAGGUAACUUAUUCAAGGAGACUGCCUUUGAAAGAAAAAUGCAUUGCGAUUGAAUCUUGAGAA